AGGAAAUCCCGGGUGGGUAGACAUCACACCCGGAAGUGAAGCGGCGCCGCGACGGAGCGGCGGUGCGCGCGGCAGUGCCCCAAGUAUCCCGCUUUCUCAGGAGGAAACCACCGCAUCGGGUCGGCGCUGCGGGCUACAGCCACUGGCCUGGUUGACCAUGGCCCUUUCGGUGGAGACUGAGUCGCACAUCUACAGAGCCCUGCGCACUGCCUCUGGGGCUGCUGCUCACCUUGUGGCCCUUGGUUUCACCAUCUUUGUGGCUGUGCUUGCUAGGCCUGGCUCCAGUCUGUUCUCCUGGCACCCCGUGCUUAUGUCUCUGGCUUUCUCUUUCCUGAUGACGGAGGCACUGCUGGUAUUCUCUCCUGAGAGUUCGCUGCUGCGCUCCCUCUCGCGGAAAGGCCGAGCACGCUGCCACUGGGUACUGCAGCUGUUGGCCCUUCUGUGUGCACUGCUGGGCCUGGGUCUUGUCAUCCUCCACAAGGAACAGCUUGGCAAAGGCCACCUGGCCACAUGGCAUGGGAGGGCAGGGCUGCUAGCUGUGCUGUGGGCAGGGCUGCAGUGCUCAGGUGGGGUGGGGCUGCUCUACCCCAAACUGCUGCCCCGAUGGCCCCUGGCCAAGCUCAAGCUGUACCAUGCCACUUCUGGGCUAGUGGGCUACCUUCUGGGUAGUGCCAGCCUCUUGUUGGGCAUGUGCUCGCUCUGGUUCACUGCCACUGUCACUGGUGGGGUCUGGUACCUGGCUGUGCUAUGCCCCGUUAUUACCAGCUUGGUCAUCAUGAACCAGGUAAGCAAUGCUUACUUGUACCGCAAGAGGAUUCAGCCGUGAGCUCUUCUCAGCCUGGAAGCCUGAAUUUGCCCAUCAGUGCAGGAACUGGGGCUGGGACCACCUGGACUUUCUCAGCUGACUAGGUCACAGGGACACCUCAGGCACUGGGGCUCUGGUAGGAGUCCUGUGUGUGACAUCCGUGUGUGACAUUGCUUCUCACACUGGAGUGCCUCCUGUCUCCUCUCUUGCGGCGCUAAUGGAUCACGUGUCUGGAGGAAGCUGGGUGUCAAGACUGCCUCCCCAGCAACUCAACUCAUACUUGUACUGGUAUGUCCAGAAAUUACAAGAGAAAAAAAAGUGAAAUAAAAAAGUGACUGAAAAGAC